AUGGGCGUCUUCAGUGUUCUCUCCAUCGGGGCGCUCGCGGCGUUGGCCGCAGCUGCUCGCGAACGAGUAACAUUUCAGUCUUUCGGCACAGAGAUCGUCGGAUACCACGACACCCCUACAACCCAAAGCGGGCCAGUCCUAGCAGUCAUCAUUGCCCACGCCGAGCGCUUCGCCGAAGCAGGCUACCACGCCCUUACCUUCGAUUACCGCUACUGGGGACAGAGCGCUGGCAUGCCACGCAACCUUAUCGACGUCAAGCGCCAGCAAGAAGACUACGAAGCUGCUUUCGCUGCAGCCAAGACCUUUCCCGGCGUGGAUGGUGACCGUCUCGUUGUCUGGGGAACUUCUCUUUCUGGUGGUCACGCCCUCGAACUUGGUGCAAGGCAUCCGGAGCUAGCGGGUGUCAUCGUCCAGGCUCCUCACGUCAAUGGUACCGCAACCGUCUCCCAGCUACCACCGCUGUCUCUACCAGGCCUCACAGCAGCAGGCAUCGAUGAUGCGAGACGAGCUACUCUGGGUCAGCCACCACUUUACAUCACGCUCACCAAUCGGACUGGCAAGUUCGGCGCUCUGACACAGCCUGGAGCGUACGAAGGCUACCAGUUCUUGCCCUUCUUUGUCCCGUAUGCGACUGCUGGUGCUAGCAAGAUACCAACACUCUUCAAUGUUGGACUCACAGACAAUGUAACACCGCCGGAGCCAGCAAUUGCGUUGGCUAAGAGGAUGACCAAUGCUACGCUGUACACGUAUCUAGACACUGGCCACUUCGAUGUGUAUCCCGGGGCGAAGACUUAUGAGGCUAACAUUGGGAAUCAGCUGGCCUUUUUGAGGAAGAAUGUGCCGAUCUGA